CAGCAGACUUGGUCUGAAGCAGCCAAUGCAGUACUGAGUCUGCCUGGGAGAGGAACAGCCUCCUGGAUUUUCCUUGCAAUGCAUGGGACACCUGACUGAGAAAUCCCUAGUUUUCACCAAAAAUCACUCCUCUGGUGCUACAAAGAACAUGAAGAAGGAUAAGGCUGAUGGAAAGAUAUGCAGCAUUUGUUUCUUCCUGCUUAGGGAGGUUGCAGAAGUUCCUGAGGGCUGGAAAGGUGUCAAAGCAAACUCAUCUUUCAGAGUUUGUUGGGGGACAAACGUCCCUGUGAGUCACAUCUGUCCUGUUGAGGUCCUCCCUGCACAUGAUGAUAAAGAGAACCUGGUGCCUCUUCCCUCUGUGUCUGCUGCACUCAGCUGCUCCUGGGGCUGCCAAGAGGGGAAGAGCUGCCUCCCAUCUCUGGAGACACAGAUGACGAGGGCUCCCCAAGGAGAGAAGAACAGCCGGCGGGGUUUUGACGAGAAGGCUUACCUGUCCUCCAAGGUGCUGAAGGCCGGAGAAGACCCCUACCGCCAGCACGCGUUUAACCAGCUGGAGAGUGACAAACUCAGCAGCGACCGGCCCAUUCGGGACACCAGGCACUACAGGUGCACUUCUGUGCGCUAUGACCCUGACUUGCCAGCCACCAGUGUCAUCAUCACCUUCCACAAUGAGGCGCGAUCUACCCUGCUCCGCACGGUGAAGAGUGUUCUGAACCGCACCCCUCCCAGUCUCAUCCAGGAGAUCAUUUUGGUAGAUGACUUCAGCUCAGAUCCUGAGGACUGCCAGCUCCUUACCAGGAUCCCAAAGGUCAAGUGUCUACGAAACACCCAUCGAGAAGGGCUGAUUCGCUCUCGGGUGCGAGGAGCUGAGGUGGCAGCUGCUGACAUCCUCACCUUCUUGGACAGUCACUGUGAAGUCAACAGCGAGUGGCUGCAGCCGAUGCUUCAGAGAGUGAAAGAGGAUUAUACUCGAGUGGUGAGUCCAAUCAUUGAUGUUAUCAGCCUGGAUAAUUUUGCCUACCUGGCAGCAUCAGCAGAUUUGAGGGGAGGGUUUGACUGGAGCCUUCACUUUAAGUGGGAACAGAUUCCUAUAGAACAGAAGAUGUCCAGAACAGACCCAACUCAGUCUAUAAGAACCCCUGUCAUAGCAGGAGGCAUCUUUGUGAUUGACAAGUCCUGGUUUAACCACCUGGGAAAAUACGAUACUCAAAUGGAUAUCUGGGGAGGAGAAAAUUUUGAGCUCUCUUUCCGAGUGUGGAUGUGUGGUGGCAGCUUGGAGAUUGUUCCCUGCAGUCGAGUGGGACACGUGUUCAGGAAGCGCCAUCCCUAUGACUUUCCCGAGGGCAACGCGCUGACUUACAUCAAGAACACCAAGCGCACAGCAGAGGUGUGGAUGGAUGAAUACAAGCAGUACUACUAUGAGGCCCGGCCAUCGGCCAUUGGCAAGUCCUUUGGAAGCGUUGCAGACCGGGUGGAGCUGCGACACAAACUGAGCUGUAAAUCCUUCCAGUGGUAUCUGGAGAAUGUCUACCCCGAGCUCAAGAUUCCUGAAAAAGAGUUGAUUCCAGGAAUAAUUAGACAAGGAGGAAACUGUCUGGAGUCUCAAGCACAGGACACCACAGGGAAUAUGUUGGCUGGCAUGGGAAACUGUAAAGGGACAGUGAAUAAUCCACCUGUCACUCAGGAAUGGAUAUUCAGUGACCCUUUAAUUAGACAGCAGGACAAGUGUCUUUCCAUUACCUCCUUCUCUACUGGUUCUCAAAUCACACUGGAAGCUUGCAAUCAAAAAGAUGGCAGACAGAAGUGGAAGAUGAAAGGCAGUUUCAUUCAACACUUUGUCAGCGGUCUCUGCCUGGAAAACCAGACUGGAAGAGUGGUGACCAGCCCCUGUCAAGCAGGUGUACCUGGCCAACAGUGGGAGCUGCUACAAGCAACAUGAUGGUAGCACAGGGAUCUCCUUGUUUCUUUGUGCAUGAGACUUUGGGAACAGAGGGGAAUCAGGAAGGGAGGAAUGGUUUUGUAUGUCUGACCCUAAAUGUUUUCAUUGUGCCCAUCAGUAAGCCAUUUCAGCUGAGCACUUGAUGUUUUUGAGCUUUACAGAGAAGAAGCUGGGGAUGAGAGGGAUCAGGACAGUUGUCAAAAUCUUCCCAUCUGUUGUCUUAAGUUCUCCUUUGUAGCUGAUGCCUGUGCACAGCUGCACCUAUAGGUGGAGGAGGACCCAGCCCAAUACUCGCAGCUCUCCCCAUCCUUUCCUUUCUCUGCUUCCAGAGUCCACAAACUUCAGUCCAGCAGGUUAGACUAUGCUUGUACAGACCUUGGUAGCUCUUUGGCUUCCCUGGCUUUUGGUUCUAACAUUGUGCAUCAUUUAUGCAUAUGUCCCUCAGUGAGGACUGCCAGAGGAGUCAUCGUGAUCAGCGGAGAGGCUGGAAAACAGCUAGCAGACCCUGGGGCAGGUUUGUCACCUCUUUUUGGUGGGCUUGUUCCUUCCUCUGCCCACAGUAGCUGCCCUACAGCCAAAUGUGCUGAGGUUGGGCAGUGCUGACAAGAGAGAUUGAAAAGGGGCCAUCUCUUUCACCAGCCUAAGCAGGGAUGUUUCAGGGACUGUUCCCUGUUGAAGUCUUCCUUACAGCUUUUUCGUGUGUGGAAGGCCAGCCCUGCCUCCAAGAGUUGCCCAAGCCUGCAGGUUCAGGAUACCAUGUUCUGGUGGAGCCAGUCAGAGACAGGUGCCAGCACCUGGGGGUGCUAGGGAAGCUGGGGCUGUUCUCUGGCUGCUCUUCCUGGUGCUACCAGCCACAGCCCACUUCAGCCCCCACCAAAGGUGGUGCACAGAGCUGAGUGGGCAGCACACACAGGCAGAGGUGCUGCACAUGGCUCAGGCCUGUGGCAGGAGCCCACCCAGAUCCCCACUGUGAGAGACAGAAGGGGACAGGCCCUAGGUCAUAGCAGACUCCUUGCUGCUGGCUGGGCAGGGCCAGUUCUCGUGCUUGUCUCUCCAGUUCUGCAUAGUCCCUGUGAACAGAGCCUGGCAUGACAAACCACCCGCUUCCUCUGUCUCGUUGCUUUUCCUUCUCUUUUUGAGAAAGAAAAGGCAAAAAGGCCGGGGCUGCUCUACUUUUGACAUUCCUCUCUCUUCCCCUUGAGCACCUUGGGGAGAGGUUAGCUGGUGAAGCUGAAACUGCCCCCUGCACAAAUGCUGCCACAGUGCAGGCCUGCCCUAGGAGAGGCUCCUUCAUGUUCUGGAAAUACCAAAGUCACGGGUGGUUCCUAGCUAGCAUCCCAAUCCUGCUCCCAGUUAGCAGUCAGCUCUAGCCAUGUGUGGGUUUUCAAACCUGCCAAGGGAUGCUUACCUAUUCCAAUAGUCCCCACAACCUUACCAUCACCUAACUAGAUCUGUUAACUUUUCCUCUUGAGACAGGUUUUGUAGACCAACCCUCCUUUCCAAGAACCUGACAGGGGAACCAGAUGGUGGGACUAUCUUCAUCAGGCAAUUGCUUGCCCGGAUCCUUUCUGAUCUGGUAUAGAAGAAAUAGGUCGAUCAUUUGGAUUCUGAACAGCUGUUUGCUUUUGAUCAUGUCUGUAUCCCUUUUUAAUUCUUUCUGUUAGCUUGGUAUUAGCCCAAACAGUUGACAAAAGAACAGAUAAUGUUCUUCGUACAUUGCAUGUGCUUAGUGUGAAAACUGGACAAUGUUUUUUGUUCCUGGUUUAAAAAAAUUAAAUCCAUCAUAUGGCAGGAGCUCUUAUCCUGUGUCCCUCUUCACUUUGAUAGCAGAUCCCCAUCUCAGCACUGAUUAGCCAGAGGAAUGACCUGCCUGCACGGUGAAAACUCACAAAGGAGCUCUUUUUGAUCCUUACAGAACGGUGCAGCUGCUCUUCUGUGUGGAAAUGAGGGCACUGACUGCAGUGACUUCUCUUUUCCUGUGUAGAGAUGCUUUGGGCUGGAACCAUUGGGGGCAGGACAGGGCAGAGAAGGAAGGAAAACAGCCUAGGAAGGGAAUGAGAGCAGACUGACCCACUGAGGGGAGAGAUGCCAUCCUAUUAGCUACUGCAUUUUUAAACAAGAAUAUACAGGAAAUUGUCCUUUAGAAUAGCAUCAUUAUGAAGUAGGAGACAGGAACAGUCAAGUUCUUACCUACCUGUCUUGAAAAAUAUUGAUGCAAAGACAGAUGAAGGGGCACUGAGCUGGUACUGUUUGUAGCUCUGUAUACAAUGAAGUGUGAAAGGAUUACAUAUUUUCGUCAAAACAAAGCCUAAGUGGAUCAUCUGACCUCCCCCCAUUUCACUCUCCAGCAGCUCAUGUGUGGCAGCUAACAGCAUGUUCACUCCUCUACCAGGUGCUGCCUCCUUCCUCCCUGCUCCCACUGUGUGUGUGCAGCUUUCUUGCAGUUCCUUCUUCAUAACCACUCUGGGACCAGGACCCAGCUCCUCUACAAACAAUGCUCCUGACUGCUGCAGACCACAGAAGCUCUGCUUAUUUGCAGUCUCCAAGCUCUGGGCCAGCCCUAAUUCAAAGGGCUCUUGUCAGCAUGAUGACUGCUGCCCUUGACUGUGUGUUUGGCUCCCAUGCUGGAGGCUGCUGACUGCUCCUGGAGCAGACAUAGCUGGACUAGCUGUGUUGAUUUGUGCCUCUCUUCCUACUGCUCUCCUGGCAGAGUGUGAACUGGCAUCCUUCUUGGGCUGUGUCUUGGUUUAGGGUAAAUUUGGGAGGAAAUGUCCGAAGGGGGUAAGCUGGGGCUGCUGAAGAUGGGACACUCUGCUUCUUCAGGUACCCUGGCCUGGGGGAGGAAAGGGAAAAGGUGGACAUAUGCUAAGUGUCAGUAACUCAAAUUGCCUGUGGAGUUUGGAGUUUCAUUUUUUAAUUCUAGCUGAUUUUGGACAUGUUCACCUGAGGUCACCUCCCAGCUUCUCCCUCCUCUGUCUGCUAAAGCAUUGCUUUAGCUCCACGGACCUCCCCACACAUCAUCUUUUGGAAGCUGUUGGUUUCCAGCGUAUUUUAGCAGUUGCCGAAAAGGAGGUACAUUACAAAAGGCUGCUGUCAAGUGUGGGCAAACUGAACUUAUUGGAAUGAACAAAGUCUUGUUCAAACUCAUUAUUAGCAUACUCUACAUUUUCCUUGCACUGAAGGGAAGGAAGAACAAUGUUAUCUCUACUUUUUUCCCCAAGGUCCCCGCAGUGCCAUGUUUUGUAACAGGUGUCUGUUAGGAUUUCUUCAAGCAAACUGACUAUUCUUAACAGUCAGAACAAGCAGCUGCUCACCCUUGUUUUCCUGUUUACUUUAAACAGCCCCCUAGACUGUCAAGACAGAGCAUUUGCAUUGGUAAAACCCCUAAAGAAAGCUGUUACUGUACCAGAGCAUCCAAUGUAAUUUCCUGUGCUGUGAACCAGUGGGGGUUUAUUUAAGAGGAGCUGAAUCUACUGUUGUACAGAAAUCGGUUUCAAAAGAUUUAUUUUUCCCACUCACUUGUAAGUUGCACUUUGCCAGAUGUAAUUUAUGUGGAACCCCGAUUAGUUUUCCUUUUUCUUCAAAAAAAGCAUGUGCGAGAAUCUGUUAAUGCCUGAAAUAAAAUCCAUUUUGAAAUAA